AUGGGAUCAAUAGACGAAGAGACAUUACUGAGAGGCCAAGUAGAAGUAUGGCAGCUCGUGUUUGGCUUUGUAGAAUCUAUGGCAUUGAAGUGUGCGAUAGAGAUAGGCAUAGUAGACAUCAUAAAUUCUCUUGAUGGUCCACUCACUUUGAACCAGAUAGCUUCACGAAUUGACUCACCUUCUGUUGACAUUCCCUUCCUUGCUCUCAUGAGAUUUCUGGUCCGAAAACGAGUCUUCACACAACACAAUCCAUCUAAUGGAGGAGAGACUCUCUAUCGUCUAACCGACAAUUCAAAAUGGCUAUUACGUGACUCGGAGGUAAGCCUUGCUGCAAUGGUUCUGAUGCAAAACUAUCCAUCGCACCUAGCACCAUGGCAUUACCUCAGCCAAUGUGUCAAGGAUGGUGGAAUAGCUUUUAAGAAAGCUCAUGGUUGUGAAACUUGGGACUUGGCCUCCCAAAAUCCUGAAUUCAACAGGAUUUUCAAUGAUGCCUUAGCAUGCACUGCAAAGAUCAUUAUGAGGGCAGUUGUAUCCCAUUAUAAAGGUGGUUUUGAUGAUGUUGAGACGUUGGCGGAUGUUGGAGGUGGUACAGGAGGAAAUUUAGCUGAGAUUGUCAAAGCCUAUCCUCACAUCAAAGGCAUAAACUUUGAAUUACCACAUGUUGUGGCCGCAGCACCAGCAUAUAAUGGGGUGUCACAUGUUGGAGGCAAUUUUUUUGAGGCCAUACCUGUUGCUGAUUCAAUUUUUAUGAAGUGGGUAUUGCAUGAUUGGGGAGAUGAAUGUUGUGUAAAGAUAUUAAAAAACUAUCGGACAGCAAUGACUGAGAAGACAGGAAAGCUGAUUUUAGUGGAGAUUGUUCUGCAACCAGAAGGAAAUGGCCAAUUUGGUGAUAUGGGAAUGGUGUCUGAUCUAGUGAUGUUUGCACACAGCACAGGUGGAAAAGAGAGUACUGAACUUGAAUGGAAGAAAUUAUUAGAGGAAGGAGGGUUUCCUCGCUACAAAAUCUUCAAUAUUCCUGUUCCAUCAAUUAUUGAGGCCUAUCUGCAGUAAUAUGAAUGUGAUUUCUAUGGUCAUAUGUUGUACUAAAUAAACUUCGAGGUCCGUGCUUUUAGAAAAUUUGGUGAGUGAUAUGUGAUUUAUGGUCACAGAAAUUGCACAUGACCAAAGCUGAAUUGUUUUUUUCUUUUUCCCCUUCAUGGUAUGUUUUUUUGCUGUUGUUGGUGGCAUAGUUAUUAGAUAAAUUGGUUCCAUGAUCU